AUGGCGUCCGCAGAUGCGGAGAGAGCAGCGGAUGUAUCGGCAAUGCGGCACCUCGCAGAGGAGGCGCGCGCCGGUUCCUCUGCCCUGAAUGAACUCACCGGUGCUGAGCGACAGGCAAUGCUGCGCGCGGUGGCUAAGGCACUGCAGGCCAACGAGGCCCGCAUUCUCGCGGCGAACCGAGAAGACGUGGUAGCAGCCCAAGCAAACGCUAUUUCAGCCCCGCUGUUAAAGCGAUUGGAGCUAACGACGAGCAAGCUAGCCACGCUGGUAGAGGGCAUCCUAACCUUGGCGGACAUGCCAGACCCGAUUGGGCAGAUUCUUUCUGCUCGUGAGCUGGACAACGACCUGCUGCUGCUCAAGCAGACAGCCCCGAUUGGGGUGAUACUAGUCGUGUUCGAGUCCCGCCCUGACAGUCUCCCGCAGAUUGCUUCUCUUGCUCUCUUCUCCGGAAAUGGGCUUCUCCUCAAGGGUGGGCGUGAGGGGGAGCACUCGAACGCGGUGCUGCACGACGUAAUCGUCUCGGCUGUGGAGUCCAGCACUCAGGGACGCGUGCCACGAGGGGUGAUUGGGCUGGUAACGUGUCGAGCUGACGUAUACAGUCUUCUACAGCUGGAUGCCCACAUAGACCUUGUCGUGCCUCGUGGAAGCAAUGCGAUGGUGCAGAGCAUUCAGCGCUCCACCCGCAUUCCGGUGCUGGGCCACGCUGAUGGCAUCUGUCAUGUGUACGUGCACAAGGACGCCGACGUGGAUGCAGCGCUGACCGUGGCAAUCGAUGCGAAGCUGAACUACCCGGCGGCGUGCAACGCGGCAGAAACGUUGCUGCUGCACCGAGAUCUUCUCCAGUCCCCCGCGCACGGCACCACAGCGGCGCAGUUCCUUCUCCAAGGCAUGAUGGAGGCGGGCGUGUCCUUCUACGCCGGUCCACAGGCCAUCGCUGCAGGGCUGGCAGGUGAGCCUGCUGCUUCUCUUCACAUCGAGUACGGCGAUGCGCACAUGACUGUGGAGGUUGUCGAUGACUUGGCGGCGGCUAUCGCACACGUGAACCAGCACGGAUCGCACCACACAGACGCCAUUCUGACUGCUGACAAGGCCACCGCAGCAGAGUUUCAGCGGCGAGUCGAGAGCGCCUGUGUGUUCCACAACUGCUCUACUCGCUUUGCAGACGGGUUCAGGUUCGGCCUCGGGGCGGAGGUAGGAAUCAGUACCGCCCGUAUUCACGCUCGCGGUCCUGUCGGCGUCGAAGGGCUGCUAACCCAGAAGUGGAUCUUGAAGCCGAUAGCGUUGUCGCCUCAGGCGACGAAAGACGGUGUUGCUGCAGCUGCAGCUGCAGCUAGCGCGCCGUACGCGACAGUGACGGAGUUCCAGAAAGGGGAGCGCUCCUUCACUCAUAGGGAUGUCACCCGGAGGCUUCAGGACGAAGCGGCUGGGAUGCAAUUGGGCGCAUGA